GACACUAAUUGCCCAAUUUAUUACACAAUUAUAACGGGUUCUCAUAAUAAUUUCCCACUUUAAUCUCAAUUCUCCACCACCUACACACAUGGACGAGCUCGAGCGGCGCCGCCUCCUCCACCAUCCACUUCUAUCCCCCUCCACCACCGCGGCCUCCUCACCGCUCGGCGACGACGACAACAUCAAGCUCGUCUCCUCAAAUUCCGCCAUCUUUUCCCGCCUUUUUCUGGUGGCGAUCAUCGCCGCCGUCUCCGUUUGGGCGAACCGCGAAGCGUCCAAAGGCUUCGCCAUAACCGUUGCCAACGAAUCGGCCGACGCAUUCCUCGCGAGCAGAUUCAAGCUCUUCUACGUGUCCAACGACGGAGCCGCGCGCGCGGCGAUCAAGGCGAGUGACAGCAUCGAGAAGCUCCUCUUCCCCGAUUCCGACGUGUUUAAAAAGCCGAUUAAGAGCAUCGAGAUCAGAUUAGUCGAUCGGAACUUCACCGAUAACGUCGCCGCCGCGGAAAUGGACGGCGAUCGGGAUCGAUUCGCGAUCAGCGUGAGCUCUUCGGUCAUGAGAGGCGCGGAUUUCGAUCGCGAAAUGGCUCCGGCGAUCAGGCGCGGCGUGGCGCGUGUUUGGCUGUGGGACGGUGGAGGCCACGCGCCGAGGAGUGUGGUGAGCGGCAUUGUUGAAUAUUUAGUCGAUCGUUUGGGUGAUUCGGCGAUUGGCGACGCGGCGGAGGAGUUCGAAGCCGCCGCCGCAUGUUUGGACUCUGGAAAUCCUAGAUCGGUGGCGGAAUUGCUUCGGCGUAGCCCUGGAUCUGUCGGAAGGUUGAACCGAGCUAUGAAGGAAGGGUGGAGCGAUGAGAAAUUGGGCGGCGCGUUGGGUUUGCCGGUUGAGAAACUGUGUGCCACUUCCGAUUACGAGUCGUUAAGGUACAAAUCUUCCAGCGUGUAGUACCAUAGGCUGCUAUCCACUUGUUCAGUUGUUAUAAUCGUGUACAUCUGGCGUAGAGCGACAGGGAAAAGAGUGGGGAAUGGUUGGAGGGUGAAGAUGAUAUCGGACGGCUGAGAGUUUAUAUCGGGGUCUAAUAUUAUGGUUUAUUACUUUAUUUAUUAUGGCAAGGACUUAAGGAAUUUUGUGUAUAAAUGCAAGGCAAUUCUAUUUAAUUAUUAAUUGUGUUAGUUAUUUUAUUUGUAACAUGUUGGCUGUUUAAAUUAGUAGUAGUAGUAGUAGUUGAAUUGUAUAGAGAUAUCGACUUACACGUAAUUAAAUGUGUGACAUCAGUAUUUUUUAUUGUCGAAA